AUGUCCAACAACAACAACAACAACAACAAUACAAAACCAGGUCUGGCGAAAGACGACGAGGACGUCCGCGUGCAAUCCACCAACGACGAGGCGACCGUUGCCCGAGCUUCGUGCGCAUCCGUCGGCCACAUACCGAACGACCCGUACUCCGUUCUGUUUGUUAACAGGACAAAAGUUCGGAGAAACGAACCGCUGCACAAUUUAGGCACGUUUUAUAGAGUCGCGCACGUGAGGAAAGCGAUCGAGAUGUUUUUGAUGAGCGAUGAUGAUGAUGAUGAUGAUGAUGAUGCAGAAGAAGAAGAUACGGUGAAAUACGCGAAACAGGUGAUUAAUUUAGGAUCCGGGUACGACACGAGCUGGUGGUGUUUAGUUGGCAACAACGCGUCGUCGAGAGAUGGAAAAGAAGAAAGUACUAAACGUAGUAGAGUGAAAUGGUACGACGUGGAUUUCGCGGAAGUGACUCGACGGAAGAUUAAAACGAUCGAGAAACACGAGGCGCUUCGGGAACCGUUGGGGGUGUAUCACUUCGAACGAGACGGUUCGGAGCUACGGUCGACGAGUGGGUAUAAUCUAGUCAGUGCGGAUUUGAGAGACGCGGAGGAAAUCAAGGAGAUAUUGACGGAAGCGCGAGUGGAUUGGCAGUUGCCGACGUUGUUCGUGACCGAGGUGGCGUUGUCCUAUUUGAACGGAGAAAAGUGCGAGAAGGCGUUGAGGAUGUGCGCGACGUUCAACGGAGAGAGUAGCAAUAGUAAUAAUGGUAGUAAAGAUAGGAAUACAGUAGUAGCAAACAGGGCGAUCGUGUCGUACGAAGCGAUGCGAUUAAACGACGAGUUUGGUCGUCGCAUGUGCAGAAACGUGAGAGAGCAACGCGGGACGCCGUUUUUAGCCUUGGAGGAAGAAAAUGGCAGCCGCGUCGAUUGCGCUUCGGUGGAAGCGAUGUUCUUGAGAUGUGGAUUUGAUUCGGUUAAAUGCAGAAAGAUGACCGAGUGUCAGGACGUGCUGUUGAGCAGAGAAGAAAUAUAUCGCGCGGAGCGUUUGGAAAUGCUCGACGAACGAGAGGAGUUUAAUUUGAUUCAAUCGCAUUACGGAGUGAGCGUCGCCGUUCGGGGAGACUAUUUCGCGCGAAAGUAUCGGCGUUGGUUGAUGCAUUCCUCGUAA